UGUUGUUUUAAUUGAUUUUUCUUCAUGUCUGCAAACAUUACGCAACUGUGUGUUAGGCAAAAAAAAAAAAAAAAAAGAAAGAAAAUGCGAGAUAUAAAUCAGAAAACAGCCAAGCAGAGCGUUCAAUUGCACUGUGGACUCGCCGAGAAAAUGGAAGCGCAUUUCAUCCUCAUAACCAUCAUUUCUGUUAUUACCCUCUCCUUAAGCCAAGAGUGUCAACGUGAAUUUUUGGAGAAUGUAGAUUUUCCGGGGACUGACAUCAAAUUUGAGUACUCUCCCGACGCUCAUCACUGUCAGCAUUUGUGCACACAGCAUCCGGCUUGUCUCUUCUUUACAUUUAUACGUGCUGACUGGACCCGCGAUGACAGGCAUUUCUACUGUUACCUGAAGACUCUGCCUUCUGGACAGCCCAGAGUUCAGACCCCUCUCCUUGGUGUCACGUCCGGGUAUUCUCUCAAACCUUGCGGGCCUGACCCACAGCCUUGUCUGUCUCACGUGUACCACAACGUGGACUUUCCGGGGGCGGACUAUCGGAGCUUAUUCACGGUCGACCACGAGGAGUGUCAGAGAGUGUGCACAGAAGACCCUUUCUGCCAGUUUUUUACGUUUGUGAAUGACGUCUUCACGCCUGAAAAGAUCAGGUAUAAAUGCCACCUGAAAUUCAGCUGGCCGGUACCGCGGACCUUAAAGGUAAACAGGAAGGCUGGCGUGGUCUCCGGUUUCUCGCACGCCACGAAACUCACUCAGUACUCCGACACAGCAUGUUCCUCGAAGCUUUUCCCGAGCACCGACAUCCCGGGAAGCAACAUAGAGUCGCAACCUGCCGGCAGGCCGGAGCAUUGCCUGGCGUUGUGCUCCGCCCAUCCACGCUGCACCUACUUCUCUUUCGAGAGCAAAACCCUCACCUGUCGCCUGAAGGGCAAUCCCAACGAACUCGUGAUGAAGGCCCAAGACGGUGUAACUUCUGGGAUUGCAACACACUUCUGUCAACAAGAUACCAACUGGGCAAAGAUAGCGCUCGACGGGGUCGAUUUCCAAGGUUCGGACAUUCGCUUUGAGUUAAUGGACGACGCGGCCACGUGCGAGAAGACGUGCACGAUUGACGAAAAUUGUCAGUUCUACACUUACGUCGAUCAGAACUUCGAGGAGUCAGAUUACUGGCGUCGCUGCUAUCUCAAGCGCGUCGUCACGCUGCCAGCUCCUCCCAAAGUUACCAAACUGGCCAACGUGGUGUCCGGGUUCACUAAGAGGGACUGCGUUUAGAGGACCGUCUUCCUGACUGGUCUUCUGGUCAAAUGCAGCUAAGCAACAGACGCAAGAGCGAUAACUAAACGUUUAAAUAUUAAACUGCAUCUUGUUUGGAUU